GCAAAACUUGGCACAUCUCGAUGCAACUGACGUCACAGGCUGCGGGAAAUAUGUAUUAUGACAGAGAAAACGCGGGAUAGCUUAACGCCCAUGGCCACGUAUUAUAAGCGGUGUGCAACCCUUUGGGAUGGAAAUGCCAUCAUUGUGCGACCCUCAAGACCCUAGAUCGGAGGAUGAGACAUAUAUACGUGCAUGAUCUGCGGCCUUUGCUUUUUGUUAAAUGUCUCGGGUCGUUGGGCAUCAAACUCACGCACUGAUCUUUAUGCGCUGGUAAAAAAGGAAUAUCUUCUGAGACAAAGAACGUACCCAAAACAACAUUGGCAAGAUGAACUACGCAAAUAUGAUUGAGGAGAAAAACCUCAAGAAAACAUUCAUCAUAGCUACACUAUGCAGCACCCUCGUCGGAACAUUCACUUCCUCAAUGGGUCUCUGGGACCGCGUCAAGGAAAAACGCAAGCAAGCCAAGCGCGACACGACCCAAGACGAGGAGAUCAAGAAGCUCAAAGCCCAAGUCGAGCAAAACUCCCGCGCCCGCGAUGAAGUCGAAGCCUCCUUCCAGCGCUCCGGCGCCCUCAUCAACCGCGAAUUCGAAGACGGAUACCAACGCUACGGACAGCGCUUUGCGAUCGGAGAUGUCAUCACGGAGAAUAAAUUACAGGCGCAGGUCAUUGCGCUGCAGCAGACUGUCAUCAAUGUUCUUCAGGAUGCGGUGUAUAAUGGACGGCAGCUUGACAGGGCUGAUAUGGCGAGGUUGAUAGCGGCUAGUGAUGCGGCGAGGGAGGGUUCGCUGGGGGCGUUGAGACAGCAGAGGGAGAGACUUAUGGAUUUGGAGGAACCUGCGCUGCCGAAAGCGUUACCGCCGCCGAAGCGGGCAUCGACUGUUAUUAAGGACGAUCCUCUUUAUUGUCGCUACGCUCUCGAUCUACAAUACAUACCCGAACGACCCCUCGCAUCGACAUUUGAACCGAGGGGUGAUUGUCGCUGUCCAGCAUGCGAUGUCUUCUUAGACGUUGAGUCAGACGACGCAUGGGCAAUUGGAAAAACAGCCACGCGCGUUAUCACAGAACAAGGAGGCUACAAGCGCGAGAUCGACGAGGAGCUCGAAUUCCACAUCAGUCCACGCUUCGUCAUAAAGUGUCACACCCCAGAAGGAGAAUUCGCCUGUGUUCUGUGCUCCCGCUUCCGCGACGGCGAUGUUUUAUGUCCCAGCGCUGAUACGCUCGUCAAUCACAUUGGACGGGAACAUACUGUCUCGGAGAUGGAGAGGGAGCCGGACUUUGAGGUUAGGUCGCUUGAUCUUGACAAGGUUAGACCUGUUGAUAUGAACAAGAGGAUCAUGCCGGCCAAGAGUGUUGGGUCGGAUAGGAGGAGUUCGUCGGGGAGGAGUGUGGUGAGUGGAAGAAGUGUUGUUGAUGCGGGGAGGAGUGCGAGGGCGAUGAGUGUUGAUAGGAGGAGUGUGGAUAGACGGAGUGUUUAUUAGGCAUUAGCAUAGCGUGUUUUGAGCGUAGCAGAUUGUACAUUUCAAUGGCAUCACAUAUUCCAUCCA